GACCAUAUAUCUCAUACUUGUUAUAUAUAGUCUUGCAGAUUAGCCUACAUGAACCCUAAUUGUUUUUUUUCAUACACAAGAAAAAUAACUCGUAUCUGAUCAUGGCAACUGAUGAAAACCCUAACCCUAACCCCAACCCCAUCCUUCUGGAGGAGCUCAUCUCUAACAUUCUCUCAAGACUUCCCGUGAAGACUCUUCUACGAUUCAGGUGCGUUUGUAAGUCAUGGUUGUCUCUUAUUUCUGCUCCUGAUUUCAUUAGAACUCAUCUCCUUAACUCAACUCACUCUACUCAUCACCAUCAUCUCAUUCUAAGCGAGGUGCCCCUUUCAAACCAUGUUUAUCGACCAUUUAUCGGAAUCGAGGGCCCCUCCGAGUACCUCAGGCUUCCGAGUUGUUCCCUCUAUUCUUUGCUUAAUGAUCAUGAGUCUGCAGAGGCUAUUGAACUUGACUAUCCUAUGAAAAAUAUAGAUAGGUUUACGUAUGUGGUGGGUUCUUGUAAUGGCUUGAUUUGUUUAGCGUGUUUUGAUACUAGUACAUUCUUGUGGAACCCGUCCACUAGAAAAUCAAGAAGAUUGCCAAAUCUUGAAGAUGAUCAUACAGUGUUUGGGUUUGCCUACGAUGAAUCUAAUGAUGAAUUUAAAGUAUUUGCUUUCAUAGCUAAUUCUGGUCGUGAUCUUAAUGAAUUAGUAUAUUAUAAAGCUUCGGUUUAUGGCUCAAAAUCUGAUUGUUGGAGAAUGAUUGAAAAUCUUACUUUUGGGGAAGUAUCGGAACCAGGGACGUUAGCAAAUGGAGCUAUAAACUGGGUUGCGAAGAAGGAUUCGGAUAAUUAUAUAGUUUCUCUUGAUAUAGAAACAGAGAUGUAUCGAGAAAUUAUGCUUCCACAAGAUAAGAAAGAUUUAGACAGUUUGAGCUUGCACACUCUGGACAAAAAACUUUGUGUGGUAUGUUAUAUCGGGAAUACUCAUGCUGAUUUUUGGAUAAUGAACGAGUACGGUGUGGAAGAGUCUUGGACAAAAUUGUUCAAAUUUUCUUAUAUGGACGAUCAACUACCAUGGAACCCCCGGCUAAUACCUAUCUGUUUCUUCUUAAGCGGUGACAUUUUAAUGUUUAUAGAGUCAGCCAUAGUACGAUACAAGCCCAAGGAUAACAAAUUCGAGGUUCUCUUACACGCAGAUAAUCUUUCAGAAGCUCAUGUGAAUGUUUACGUCGAGAGUCUGGUCUCACCCCAUCCAAACUGAAUUUUGCAGGCUACAAUAAGUGAGAGUAAUAAAUCCACAGGCCGGGCUGAGGACACAUUAGGUCCCUGGCUAGCUCUGAUCUUCAUUUGGCUUGGUUAUUAGUGAUUGUAAUUUGUAAGAAUUUAUUUUGAACAUUUGCUUGGUUAUUAGUGAUUGUGUAAGGAUUUGCUAGCUCUGAUCUUCAUUAGGUUUGUUUAGCUUGUAUGCAUGGGUUCAUCGUUCUUCUGCUAAUGCAUGUGGUAUGCUCGGAUUUUUUUCAAUAAUAGCUUAAUUAACUAA